CAUCUUCAACUAACAACCUUUACUAGCCUCAAUUCUCAUUUGACCACCUCCCAUCUUGACCCACUUUCAGAGAAUCAUGUCUUCUGAGAUAAAGCCAAUCACGGUCUGGGGGAAGGGCGGACCCAAUCCACCAAAAGUUGCAAUCCUCUUGGGUGAGCUCGGCCUGCCAGUUGAAUUCAUUAUAGUCCCGCUCUCGAAAGUCAAGGAGCCGGAAUUUCUCGCCAUCAACCCCAACGGACGUAUUCCAGCCAUCCAUGACCCAAACACAGAUCUUACGCUUUGGGAAUCUGGUGCAAUCAUUGAGUAUCUCAUUGAGCGCUACGACACAGAGCACAAAUUCUCGUUCCCUGCGGGAACACCAGAAGCGUACCAUGCAAAGCAGUGGCUCUUCUUCGCGGCAUCUGGACAAGGUCCGUAUUACGGCCAACUUGGUUGGUUCAAACUUUAUCACGAGGAGAAGAUCCCAAGCGCCAUUGAGCGUUAUGUCAAAGAGGUCAACCGGGUUACUGGUGUGUUGGAUGGGCAUCUGGCAAAGCAGAAAGUAGGACCUGACAGUGACGGACCUUGGCUUGUUGGUGACAAGUACUCCUUUGCGGAUAUGGUCUUUGUUUCUUGGCAGAAAAUCAUCAGUCUCGUGACUACUAAGGAGGAGUACAGUUUGGAUGCCUACCCGCACGUGAAGGAGUGGCAUGGGAAGAUGAUGGAACGCGGGCCUGUGAAGGAAGCCAUGGCAGCUGGAAAACCUGCGCAGUAGGCCUGCAAACGGACUCAAAUCCAUGGCAGCGGGGAUGGGAUCAGGUUAUGUUUGAUAUGGGGGACAUUU